CCGCCGGCAGAGCUACCUCCCUCCAUUUUGUGUCGCUGGCUUGCUGGGUUCGUUUCCGGGCUUGCUGAUAAAAAAGUCUGCUGCGUGAGAAAGAAAGCGCCUUAGCCCAAACGGCAAAACGGGAUGGCUCCGCGAAGCCGUUAGUGGUGCGCUUAAAAGUUUCACCUUCAAAGACAAACUAUCGAAAGGUCUCUCCGCGACGGUGGGAUCCAUCGCCGCCUCCGAAAAGGAGGAAAACGACGAGUCGUCGCCUAAUUUUGUCGCCGCUGGCCGCUGACAACUGAAAGUAAACAGCUACAUGCUAAGCGGUUGUCUUCACUUUAGCACAUUAGCUUCGAGGCUAACCUGCUAGCUGCCACCAUAGACUAUUACGGACGAUUAGCCCCUCGGGCUAACCACUUCUGGCCGUGGAGCGCGAAGCUUAGCGGGGCGUCGUUACCAGGCUAACCCGGUCGCUGGUCGUGGUGUGUGUGGGUGUUUUUCGUUUUUGCCAGCGGCCUGUCUUUAACAUUUGAACCUCCGCCUACUACCGAAGGAAGGAUUUACUUCAACGAUACUCCCCUCCGCCCCCCCAUUCAUGUUGUUUUGGGCGACGUCGCCUUACCGCCUCUUCGUCGAGUUUGGGAGUGGGAGCACAUCUCAGCAGCGGAGGCACUGAGGGGUGCGGCGUCCUUCAAGAAGACGAAAAGGUCCAACUGCGUGCCACCAGAGCGACAGGAUGCCCCCGCCCCCUCCUCCGCCCCCUCCCGGUCCCCCGCCUCCCCCGACCUUCCAUGAGGCCAACACCGCCCCUCCCAAGCUGAGCUCGUCCGAGGCCAAAGGCAGGGGAGCCCUGCUGUCCGACAUCCACAAGGGAGCCAGGCUGAAGAAAGUGGGCGUGGUCAAUGACCGCAGCGCCCCCGUCAUCGAAAGAGGAGGAGGAGGAGGAGGAGGAGGUCCAAUGGGGAUGGGGGGGCUUUUCCAAGGAGGCGUGCCGAAGCUACGACCAGCUGGAGACGGUUCAUCGGGCGGCUCGGUGGGCAGGUCCGCCCUGAGGCCGCCGGGGUCCCGGCCAUCGGCGCCCCGCCCGCCGUCGGGCCGCUCGGCGUCGCCGUCUCCGCCGGAGCACCAGCGCUCCCACCGGCCCUCCUUGCCCGACAUCACCCGCCCCCACAACGCCGGCGGCUCCUCUUCUCCGGGCGGCGGCAUGAAGCACAGCACGUCGGCCCCCCCGCCUCCGCCGCCCUUCAGCCGGGGCGGCCGCGGCAACGCUCCGCCGGCGCCCAACCUGAAGCUGUCGGCGCCCUCCUCCUCGGCUCAGAAGCCCCUGCCGCCCACGCCCAACCGAGGUCCCGCUCCUUCCGCCGCCCUCAAGAACGCCCUGUCUUCCGGCCGACCGCCCGCCGCCGGCGGGUCCUCGGCGCCGCCCCCUCCCCCGCCCUACAGGAUGCACACGUCGCUCUCCAACGGGCCGGCCCAGACGGAUGGAGGCGGCGCCCCGGAGCUGCCGCAGAGGCACAACUCUCUGACCAAGAAGCACACGGCGCAGGGGCGCAACCACGCCCCGCCCCCGCCGCCCUCCUCCUCCUCCUCGCCGUCCCCGCAGGGCGGUCGGCCGCCGCCUCCCGCCAGGGAGCCUCCGGGGCGCAGAGCAGCCCCCCAGGCGCCGCUCUCCAACACCCGCAACGGCAACCGCGACGCCCCUCCACCGCCGCCGCCGUACCGCGGCCAGAGCUCAGAGCCAGCGGGCCGGGGGGCCAGGCCGCCGCCGCCCUCCUCCUCCUCCUCGUCUUCCUCCUCGUCCUUGUCCACCCGCACCCCCGCCGGACCUCCGCCGCCGCCCCCGCCCAUUCGCAACGGACACUCCUCGAUCUCGACGCCCUCAAAGUCCAUCUUGGAUGAUUUUGAAUCCAAGUUCAACUUCCACCCCAUGGAGGACCUGCCGCCUCCUGAGGAGUAUCGCCAUUUCAACAAGGUCUACCCCAGCAAGAGUGGCAAGGGCAUUUUGCGAGGAGCCCCCCCUGCUCCUCCAGUGGGAAGGUGAGCUCACCUCAAAGCUUAGCACUUGAACUCAUCAGCGAGGCGUCUGGUCUGUUCUGGUGUGGUCGGGGAUGAGGAGGUUGGCACGCACACACAAAGCACCAGCCAUGUGGACUUGAACAGAAGAGAAGACACCUCAUGAGACUUUUUGACUUUUGCAUUUCUUUAACAUUUGAGGACCAAAAAAGAAAAAAGAACUCCACAAGCGUCCACAACUGCACAUUCCCUCUUUGGACAGAUUUACUAGCCAGCAUUGAUCUUUAUGGGACACACCCACACGUGAUCAUGCAUGAAUGUGGGCUUUUAAUUUUAUUUUUUUAUUUUGAUUUUUAUCCCUUCUUGAUUUUGUUGGGAGUCGCUCUAGGGUGCGCUUGAAACGACCCCAUCCAUGUGCCAAAGGCGGGUGGAGCUUAAUUGAAGCCUGUCCAAAACGGUCAGUUGACGGAUGUCUCAUCUGCUUGUUUAGCUUCACUUUCCGAGCGGUGUCGGGGCUCAUUUUGGGGGAGAGGAGGUUCGUUCCGGUUUUCAGGACCUGUCUUCUGCUCUUCUUAACGGUAGUGGGGGAGAGGGGGGUGUGGGGGGACUUGUAAUCCUGUUUUCAUGUUGCACAUGGGCCAGCAGAGACGCAUGGCACCCGUUUUUUGUACUUGCGGGACCGUGACAUUGGUCACAACUGUGGAAUGACGCCUUGCUUUUGAAAAAGUGCGUUCACUGGGCCAGGCUGCCAGUUGACCGUAAAGGGAUAGUUUUGAACGGGGGUGGGGGGACUGGCAAUCAGACCAUCAGCUGCUUUUACUAUGCAAGAAUCUGUACAGAUCGUAGUUGCUAGCAGCUAUAUAUAAAAGAAACACUAAAGUGCCAGAAAGAGUAUGUAGAACCUUUGCGUCACUUUUAAUGAUCAUUCAGCAUCAUAGAAAAAUACACACACACACACACACACACAUAAAAAAGGUUCAGCUGUGAAUCUACCAGAAAAAACACAUUUGAGAUGCAGCGCCUCCUGCUGCUCAUCAGUUGCCUUACAUGCAUUUUGUCCACAAAUGGUACCUGUGCUAAGUUUAUAAAAAAGAAAAAAAUACGAGAGUCUAUUUGCAAAUGUAUAUUUAGCCCUUAGAAUCAGAUCAUCCUCGUGAGCAUUGAUCUAUUAUUAUUAUUAAAAAAUUUUUGCUGAGUGUCAUAGAGGGAAAUUGUAACGAGGGGCAGCGAACUCGCAUGAUGUCGUCGUUUUUUUGUCCUCAUCAUCUUCAGGGUCACGCUGGUGUCACCUUUGCCGCCUCGUCGUUUUUUUCCUGUUAAUCAGCCAUCUUUUUAUCACUUGAAAAUAUUUUCAAUAAAUAUAUUCCUGUUGGGGAAAAGGGGA